GGGCGGGGCCUGGCUUGGCCUUCCUCCCCAUAGCCUGUCCUCCCCCAUGUAUUUUUUCUGAAGAUGACGUAUGCAGAAGAGGGUAGCAACAGUUGCCUCGAGACCCCCGCGCGCCAUAGUGACUGUAGUCGUGGAGACAGUUACUUACCAACGGGAGCAACACGCAGCAACAGCAGCAGCAACGGGAAGCGAGUGAGAGGGAAGAGAGAGAGAACAGCCAGGGCAGAACUUAACACAAGGCAAAGGUGACUAUAUCUUUACCGAGUAGAGUCCAGCAUGCAGAGUUCAGAGGGAGGGUCAGACUCCUCGUCCAGCGUGGCCUUGCGCACGUCCUCCUCCUCCCAGGCCCCCGUGGUGCAGCCUGUCCCGGCAUCCCAACAGCGGGUGCUGGUGCAGGCCACAGGCUCGGGCCAGAAGGGGGCGCAGGUCCAGCAGCUGUCCAGAGUGCAGCAGGUCCCCCAGCAGGUCCAGCAGGUCCAGCACGUGUACCCGUCCCAGGUCCAGUACGUGGAAGGAGGGGAAGUGGUGUACACAAACGGAACCAUCCGGACGGCCUACUCCUACAACCCGGAGGCCCAGCUGUACGGGCAGAGCAGCGGGGGGGCCUACUUCGACUCGCAGGCGGGGGGCGCCCAGGUCACCACGGUGGUGUCGUCGGCCGGCGGCGUGCCCCCCCACGGCAUGGUGGGCGUGGCCAUGGACGUGGGGGGCAGCCAGAUCAUCUCCAGCGGCGGGACCUACCUCAUCCACGGGGGCGGCAUGGACGGCAGCCGCCACCUCGGCUCGCACUCCGCCCGCUCCUCCUCCGCAAUGCUUGAAAUGGCGAUUGAAAACCUCCAAAAGUCUGAAGGGAUUACCACUCACAAAAGCAGCCUGCUCAACAGCCAUUUGCAGUGGCUGCUGGAUAACUAUGAGACGGCGGACGGCGUCAGCCUGCCGCGCAGCUCUCUGUACAACCACUACCUGUGGCACUGCCAGGAGCAGAAGCUGGACCCGGUCAACGCCGCCUCCUUCGGCAAGCUCAUCCGCUCCGUCUUCAUGGGCCUGCGCACCCGUCGGCUCGGCAACAGGGGGAACUCUAAGUAUCAUUACUACGGCAUCCGUCUGAAACCGGACUCCCCGCUGAAUCGGCUGCAGGAGGACUCCCAGUACACGGCCAUGAGACAGCAGCCCAUCCACCAGAAACAGAGGUUCAAGCCCCUGCAGAAGGUGGACGGCAUGGGGGACAGCUUCUCCGGCGGCUCCCAGCACUCCUCCGGCACGCCCGACCAGUCGCUGGCCGCCCAGAGCCAGCACCACCAGCAGUACAUCGACGUGUCCCACGUGCUGCCCCCGUUCCCCUCCCCGGACCUGGGCUCCUGCCCCCUGCCCGAGCGCAUCGCCCCCAACGACGUCAAGAAGCUGCAGAGCCUGUACAGGGACCACUGCGAGGCCACUCUAGACGUGGUGAUGAACCUGCAGUUCCACUACAUCGAGAAACUGUGGCAGACCUUCUGGUAUUCAACAGCGCCAUCUAGUGACGGAGCAACUCCUCUCCCUAACAGUGAGGAGGAGACAGAGGGGGUGAUUCCCAGGGAGAAGCUGGUGUCUCUGUGCAAGUAUGAGCCGGUCAGACUGUGGAUGCGCAGCUGUGACCACAUCCUGUACCAGGCGCUGGUGGAGAUCCUCAUCCCCGACGUGCUCAGACCUGUGCCCAGCACUCUGACUCAGGCCAUUCGCAACUUCGCCAAGAGUCUGGAGGGGUGGCUGACCUCCGCCAUGAGAGAUUUUCCACAGGAGAUCGUCCGCACCAAGGCCGCGGUGGUGAGCGCGUUUGCGCAGACGCUGCGCAGGUACACCUCCCUGAACCACCUGGCGCAGGCGGCGCGGGCGGUGCUGCAGAACACCUCGCAGAUCAACCAGAUGCUCAGCGACCUCAACCGCGUCGACUUCGCCAACGUGCAGGAGCAGGCCUCGUGGGUGUGCCAGUGCGACGAGGCGGUGGUGCAGAGGCUAGAGCAGGACUUCAAGGUGACGCUGCAGCAGCAGAGCUCCCUGGACCAGUGGGCCGCCUGGCUGGACAACGUGGUGAACCAGGUCCUGAAGCCCCACGAGGGCAGCGCCAGCUUCCCCCGCGCCGCCCGCCAGUUCCUGCUCAAGUGGUCCUUCUACAGCUCCAUGGUGAUCAGGGACCUGACCCUGCGCAGCGCCGCGAGCUUCGGCUCCUUCCACCUGAUCCGGCUGCUGUACGACGAGUACAUGUUCUACCUGGUGGAGCACCGCGUGGCCCAGGCCACGGGCGAGACCCCCAUCGCCGUCAUGGGAGAGUUCAGCGACCUCAACUCCAUGAUGCCCAUGCUGAUGGAGAAAGACUCGUCCUUCUCUGACGACAUGAGCGACCUGGGCAGCGACGGGGACAUGUCCCGAGGCCCCAGCGAGCUGGCGGUCAAGCGGGAGCCCACCUCCCUGCAGGAGAUCUGAGCGUGCCACGCCCCUAACCACGCCCGGGCCACGCCCCAAACCACGCCCACAGACCCCCGGGCUGAGGGCUGCAGCGUGGGCGGUGUACAUAGAGAGAAAGAGGAGAGCGAGCAGCGUUCGCUCCACCCCCAAUCCCACCCUGCCCCCCCCCCAACCCACGCCGCCGAUGUUCCCGGCUUUUCUCAAAGGCGGGAGGGAAGACCUGUGUCCGAGAGAAAAGCAAACGCUUCUGUGAGAUUUUUGACUUUACUGGAGAUUAUAGUUCUAAUUUUAAAAAGAUUUUUUUUUUCUUCCCGUUCCUUCGUGUUCCUGUACUGCAACUUUAAAAAAGAAAAAAAAAAACGAAAAUUGAAAAAAAAAAAAAAAAAAAAAAAAAAAAACUGUGAAGCCAAGAAUGAACUUUUCGCGCAGUGCUCGACGUCCGGCUCGACGCUCGGCCUUGUGCGAGAGCCGUUUCCGUAGCCGCGCCAGCCGCUUAACUCCAGUGCCUUAGACGGAAAAACAAAAACGAAAAAAAAACGACAAAAAAAAAAAAGCUCUAACCACCACAACAGAAAUCUAUCUCCCACCUCUGCUGUGCCUCUCUAGCCUCGCUACCACAGGAUGAAUGUAUUUUCAGAACCUUAAACCUUCAAAAAAGCACCUUUUUCUAAGCCGUAGAAGACGUAGGUGUGAACUGUCCUUCUCUGUCGCCCCCCGGCUGUAGCCAGAGGCCCCCGCCGCCCCCCCCCACCACAGGCCGUGUUGUUCCUCACCCUCGUGCUAACGGGCUGGUUCAGGCGGGCGCCUCUUUCUGAAGUCCUGAGUCCUGCAUUUCACAGCGGCCCGGAGAGAGGCUUUCACUUCCCCUGCCGUGGUGAGCGUGGCCCCGGAGGCCUCCUCUCUGUGGUGCGAGAUGUGCGUUACCUCAUUCCUCAAAUGCCACCCACCCCUUGAACUUCUCUUCUUUUUGUGUGUGCCACCGGUCAUGGGGGGGGGCGCUUCGUUAAACAGGCUGGCCGUUGUUUCUCUUUCAUGUUGCCCCCCGACCCCACUCCUCACCCCCCUCCCUGCCCCCCCCGCAGCGGCUGAGCUGUGCUGUUCUCACAAGGCGCCGCCGCGGUUACUGUUUCCACGGUGAACCUGAAGGCGUGCCGCGGCCGAUCGGCCUGCGCCGAUU